AUGGCUGCGAGAGCUCCACCACCAGCUCCGAUCAAUGAGACGGAGCACUCCGUCAGCCGGAUCACUCGAGAGGGAAAGAAGAUAACGUACAGAUUGAACGUUAUGCAACAACCCGAGCGUGCGAGAGCUUGCGGUGCGGGUGCUAAGUCGUCUGCGGACCGCCGCCCUGUUGAUCCUCCCCCGGUUGUCGAAAUGCGUAUCUUCGAGUCGGAACCCCAUGAUGAUACCCACAAAACCGAUAUCACAUUCGCUUACAACGCCAAUUUCUUCCUCUUCGCAACUCUAGAAACCGCUCGCCCCAUGGCCCAAGGCAGACUUGCGCCAACCCCGAGCUGCCCAGUUCUCACUGGUGUCCCGGUAGCUGGUGUGGCAUAUUUGGACCGACCAUCUCAAGCUGGAUACUUUAUUUUCCCCGACCUUUCGGUGCGACAUGAGGGCGUUUACCGCCUGAGCUUCCACCUGUUUGAGCAAACCAAGGAUGCGAAGGACGCCACUGAAGGGACACAAGCUAUGCCUCCACCAGUUCCGGGCAAGUUGUCAGCACCACAACAGUUUUUGGACUUCCGAUUGGAGGUGGUCUCGGUCCCAUUUACGGUCUAUAGCGCGAAGAAGUUCCCCGGAUUGACCACCAGCACCAACCUCAGCCGCGUCAUUGCAGAGCAAGGCUGCCGUGUCCGUAUUCGACGGGAUGUGCGUAUGAGACGCCGUGGAGACAAGAGGACAGAUGACUACGACUAUGAUGAGGAGAGGAUGUACAACAGUCGACGUGCCGACCGAUACGUUACACCAGACACUUACGCCAACGCCCCCUCAGAACGCCCUCGCUCGACAAGUAUCAGCACUGUUGACCAUGCAUAUGGUUAUCCGUCCCAGCGCCGCCCGUCAGGAGCCGAGUAUGGACCUCCAAACCCUCAGGCUUACCAGCGCCCAAUGCCCUCUACUCCUGCGCCCUCCUCUACGCCUAUUCCGCCUUCGAUCACGGCUCCUGGCCCAGUCGCCAUCCCUUCUUCUACACCUUCGCCUGCUUCUGCCCAUGCACCGGCUCCUGCUGCUGCUCAUCCGCCACUACACACUCCAUCGUAUCAAUCUCACUUGUCAUUUGGUUCGACACAGACUCAGUACCCAGCUCCCCCGCUGUCUCAUGUUCCUCAGCCAGCCGCUACCCCGACAAACAUAUAUUCUCCUCGGCCGUCGAUAUCCCACGGAAGAAACCCAUCAACAAGCACGGAGUAUGAGCACUCUUACCCGUACCCGCAUUCGCGUAUUCAAGCAGAGCGCCCGCAAGGUUACCCGAAACCACCAACCGCAUCCUUGCCUCCACUACGUCUUCCAAACACUUUCAAUAUGCAACCUGGCGAAGGCCACCAUUCUCUCGAAGCCCCUGGAAUUCCUCGAUCCCAAACUCCUUCCAACAUGGUCACAUCUCUACCUCCCAUUCAAACACUCCCAGAGCUUCCACCAGCUUCAUCUCAGCCAGCGAGCAGUAUUGGGUCUAGUCCAGGAAAUGACUAUGGACCCGUCAAGGGCCUUUGGGAAACGAACCAGACAUUGUCGAAACGGACGCACGAGGAGACCUUCGGGCAUGACGAACGACCACUUUACAAUGGCAUGCGGCCUGAUAGUGAAGCCUAUCCUGGUGGGAUGCAGCGUCGUCCUUCACACGACAGAGUUUCUUCGCUCUUGGGCGGUUCCGACCAGAUGGCCUAUAAGCGGGCCAAUGGGCGCAUGGUUUCGAAGAUUUCUCCUGCUAUGCAUUAA